AUGGACCCGUCGUCAGGGUGUGCGUCUAUGGAGCGUCGCCCCCCUGUGAGCCCCAGGACCAUGGGCUUGCCUCAGGGGCAGUUGGAGGGGGCAGCGGGGGCAUUUGGGCUGAAGGUCCACGUCCAGGGGACUGACGGCCACUCCUUCGUGGUUCUGAACAAGAACCAGAGCAUGCAGUGCUACGGUGGCCCGGAGGUGACGUUUGUGGAGCACUGUAGUCAGUCUACUGUCUACAGUUCCACAGGAGGGGGCUACCGCCCGGAGAUGCUCCCCCACUCCCCCAGGCAGACCCACGUGGGGGGGUCCCACUCAGACCUGAGGGCCCCCCCCCCGGGAGCCACCUCCCCCCUGCUCAACUACCAGAGGCACCCGGAGCUCCUCAGGCCCUACCACCCUCAAGACAACAGCCUGGAGCUGGACAGCAGCCGCGGCCCCCGCCAGCAGCCCUCGCCCAUCCCCGCCUGCAGCUCCGAGCCUCUCAGGCUGAACCCCCCCGCCUCGCCCCAGCCUGCCUACUCUCUGGUGGUGCAUAAGGCCAGGAUCCCGCUGCCCCUGGCUGCACGCGAGCAGGCGAAGGACAGGCCGCAGGUCAAGGGUCACGCAUCUUCUCAGAGGGGCGACCCCGCCCAGCCUCCUCACGUCGCUUCAAAACCAGCCACUGAGAGUGAGGGCGGACCCGGCGCGGGGUCUCUGACUGGUGGAUUUGAUCAGACGGAGGCAGGGCAGAGCGCUGGGCGGUCUCUGAUUGGUGGGUUUGAUCAGACGGUGGGAGCUAGGAGCCAGAUGAGUCGAGAGGAGAGGAGGCGUUCACGCAGCGCAGACAACUCUGCCUCCUCUGACCCCGUUGCCACGGAGACAGCCAGGGGGAUCAGAGGUGAUGUGGGGGUAGGGUCGAGCGCCCCUGUAUCACCCAGACCUCGAGCCAUGAAUGGGGGGACCCCAGGACCAGAGGCAGGAGGAGAGGGGGCAGAGAGGGCAGGACCUCAGAGGGCAGAUGCCCCAGAGCAGAAGUGCCCCAAACCUGCCAAAGUUCUGCUGAAGGUGGAGAAGACAGAGUCCAGGAGUGUCCAUCGGAGCGGAGGCCUGCCCGCGCCUGAGAGAGAUAAGCAGGUCACUCCUGACCUUCUGAGGGGCCAACGAAAGCUACCCCCCAACACAGCGCCUGUGACAGAAGGCAGCGCCAAACAGGCUCUUUUCACCUACCUGAAGCUCGGGACCGCAGACACUGAUGAUGUCAUACGGAGAAAAGUCAAGAAGAUGUUCGAGAAAAUCCACUUGCUGAAGUCAUGGGGCGCAGAGAAACUGGAGGAGCUGCCAGCUGCAGACUCUGAGAGGGAGGUCAGGACUGAGAGAGAGGUCAGCAGUGAGAGGAGAGGUGUGUUGGAGAUCCAUGCCUCCCAGCUGAAGAAACAGCUGGAGGAAGAGAUAAAGAGAGUCCGUAGUAGCGCUGAGGUCUGUACACAGACCGAGCAGGAGGGGAGGAGGCUGCAGGAGGAGCUGUGCAGACGCAAGGAGGAGCAGGAGAACCUCAGGCAGCAGCUCACAGACAAGGAGAGAGAUCUUCAGGCCGCCCUACAGCAGCUCCAGCAGGUGAGGAGGGAGCGGGAGAGGUGCUGUUCUGAGAUCAGAGACCUGCAGCAGCAGCUCUCAGAGAUGCAUGACGAGCUGGAUGAGGUCAAAGAGGUGGAGGCAGGAGAAAGACAGAACAUCAUGAAGCUGGAGUUCCAGGAGGUUCUGACCUCUCAGGAGGCGCAGGAGGACGCACUGAGGAGGAAGGAGCGCGAGCUGACGGCCCUGAGAGGAGCUCUGGAGGAGGAGAUUACCGCUCAUGCCGAGGAGGUUACCACCCUGAAGGAGACGCGGGAGCGGGAGGUGCAGCAGAUGCAGCGGGCCUCUGAGGAGGCCAGACGGAGACCAGAGAGGGAGGUGCAGCCAGGGGCAGAAGGGCUGGAGCAGGAGGUGCUCUCCAGGCAGGUGCAGGUGCAGGAGGUGGAGAACCGCGUGAUCCAACUCAGACACCUUCUCAAGGAAGCGGAGAGCCGCGAGGAUCAGCUCAGGGAACGGACACACACACUCCUGGAGGAGAAGGAGCAGCUGGAGGUCUCUCUGGAGGAGGCGCGGCAGCAGGAGGAGGAUCUGUGUGGGGCAAACCAAGCGCUGACACGACACCUGGAAGACACACAGAGUGAGCUGAGGUGCCUGGGCCAGGAGCACAAGGAGCUGCAGCGGAGGCUGAGGGAGGAGGGCGGGCACGUGGAGGAGCUGAAGAAGGAGCGGGGCCUGAUGGAGGAAGAGAGGAGGAAACAGGACACGGUGAUGGAGCAGCUGCAGGAGGAGAUGAUCCUGGUGGUUCAGGAGUCGGAGCGCAGCACCCUGCGGCUGCAGGAGCAGGUCGAUGAGGCGCGCGGGCAGAUGGAGGGGAAGAGGAGUGACCUCCUCACGCAGCUGCAGGAGCGCAGGCAGGAGCUGGACACACAGAGCCAGCACAACAAGAGACUCCACAAGGAGCUCACACAGCUGGAGGCACAGCUGCAGCAGUGUGAGAAUGAGUUGGAUGAGGCGGAGCUGAAAAGCAGGAAGUUGGAGAAGACAUUGAAGGAGCUGGAAGAGCAGGACAAAUCCGGCCAGGAGGAUCGAGGGAGACUCACCAAACUCCUGGAGGCGAGGGUAGCCCAGCUGGAGGAUGACCUGCGGGAGGAGAGAGCCAACGAGGAGCAGAUGAUGCAGAGGCUGGAACGCGGCAGAGAGCAGAUGGAACAGGCCAGGGCUGAGCUACUGCAGGAGAAGGCAGCGAGGCAGGACCUGGAGUGUGACAAGAUCUCUCUGGAGAGGCAGAACCGAGACCUGAAGAGCCGCGUGACUCACCUGGAGGGGUCACAGAGGUCAGGCCAGGACGGCCUGGUGUCCAGACUGGAGGGCCGCAUCCAGGAGCUGGAGGCCCGACUGGAGGGAGAGGAGAGGGAGAGUGCGUCUCUGCAGCAGGCCAAUCGUAAGCUGGAGAGGAAGCUGAAGGAGAUGAUGAUGCAGGUGGGGGAAGAGCAGCUCUCCCUCAAGGACCAAAGAGACCAGCUAACUCUUCGUCUGAAGACUCUGAAGAGGCAGUUGGAUGAGGCUGAGGAGGAGAUCGAGAGGGUGGAGAACAGCAAGAGGAAGAUCCAGAGAGAGCUGGACGAGCAGCAGGAGGCCAACCAGCAACUACACACACACAUGACUGAGCUUCGAUCCGACAUGAGGAGGAAGAGGGCAGUGCCCCUUAUGAAGACUCUGGCUGAUGAAGAGGAGGAGGAGGAGGUUGGUGGUUCUGACUGAAAGGAGGGGGUCCGGUCUGCGCUGAUCUGGAACCUUCAGAACAUCACACUUCUGGGAAUCGGAUCUCUCGGGUUAAAGGAGAGGACGUCGCCUGGUUCCGGGGUUCUUGUUUGACAUGUGACCCCACGGCUAUGUGUUUUCCUGCAUACGGACAUACAUCACCGCACUCACUAACCACACUGCUGCAACCUGGUGUAACAACUAACCGGAGCGCCAAACAGCUCACUCAUCCCCUUUACUGUGAUUUUAGUGACAUCUAGUGGCCAGACCACAGAACAACAUCAUCAGGCAGGGAGAGACUCACCCAGCCCUACCGAGGAGGGCACACCAUGAGAUGGGCUCAGGCGGGGUUUCAGGAUCAUUAUUCUGCGCUUUUAUCUAAUCAGAACCUGGGUCUUUAAAUGGUUUGUGGUGUUGUGGUGAUCUAAAAUUGUACUAAGUUAACUCAACAUUUCUUGCGCUAAAACAAAAUAAACAAGAUACACCAGA